UCGGAGGUUUGAAAAAACAAACGAGGAUCUAAUAUUUGUUGACAGUUUAUAUAUCCCCAGAUGUGACAUUAGGACUCUUGGUAUCUUGAUUCAGCUGGAGAUCUACAAACCAUGACAAUGGGGGAUAGUAAUAAAAACCUUUAUGCCAAAAUGAUUGUGGAUGUUGUCCUAGGUCCAGUACUGGAGAGGCUUGAAAAGAAAGAUGUUUCUGCAGCACAGACACUAAGAGCAGCUUUUACAAAAGUUGACAACACACUACCUGGAUUUGCGUAUGAUUAUGUGAAGGGAGUCCUAAAAAAGGCAGAAAUUCAUGACAAGUUUGAUCUUUGUGAGACUUUAUUAAGACUGGGUGGAUCCCAGGAUUGUGAAGAAUUACGCAUUUCCAGACAAGAGCCCACAUUCCAAGAACUUAACAAGUGCGCCAUGGCUUUAAAAAAAAUCCUCAGUAGAAUUCCAGAGCAGAUUUAUGACAGGAAACAGUUUCUAGAGACAAUCAAAGAAAUAGCCAGUGCUAUAAAGCGCCUACUGGACGCUGUAAACCGAGUGAUAGCAGAAGUCCCUGCUGCAGACAAUGGCAGUAAACAGAUUCUUGAGGACAGAAAAAAAGAAUUUGUUCGCUAUUCCAAAAAAUUCAGCAACAUGUUGAAAGAAUUUUUCCGAGACACAAACCAGAACCAGAGUGUCUUUAUCAGUGCGAACUACCUGAUCUACCAAACCAACUUGAUUCUUAGAACUGUCCGACAAGAAUGCUGCUAGUUCAUAUGGGAAAAAAUGGCAGAAACUCUUCUCUAUUUCAUUGUCCACUAUCUCCAAAAUAAAGUUUGUUGUGAAACAAAGGAAAUGACAUUUUUGAAUGCAUUUAUAUUAAGAUUAAUAAAUAAUGAUAUAGAUUAUAUUAAAGAAAUUAAGAGAAAAAGUUCAAAACAUUUCAAAGCAAGUAUCUCUAAACUAUAUAUGAUUACUUUGUGAAAGAAAUUAUUUUUUUAAGUGUGGAAAUCAUUAAAAAAAACAACAAAUAUUUAUUAAUUAUCAUGCACCAUGUUGUUAUAAGAAAUUAUGUUUUUGCGUGUCUCACAGUAUUUGAGAGUUUCAUACACUGAGGUUGUUAUCAUGUAUGAAGUUUUAUUUCUGCAGAGCAGAAACUAACACUAUAAAUUUGCAAAAACUAACACAAAGAAUAUUCAAUACAAUUCAUAUAGGAUUUUAUAAAGAAAUACAUAUAGAUAAUUAACAUUUUGGUUUGGUGUGAUUAAUAUGAAUAAUGUGUUUUUGGUGCUACAGUGAUUUCAUUGAAAUGCCAUUAACCUGGUAUGAAAUAUUUUUAAAAUGUCUAUUAUUGAUAAUUAUUUGUAUCCAAACUCUCAGAACAUAUCAUUAAGUUCCGAUAUACUAUGAACAUUCCAAUAGCUUUGACAUUGUUUGCCUUUUCUCCUUUAGUUAUAAUCAGUUUGUUGUUACUCUGUACUUUAGUUUUACCCAACAAAAUCAGCAGUGAAGUAGGAUUAAGUGAACAGGUUGUUAAAACAGUUUCUGGAUUGUGAAUUGUGAAAUCCUACACUGUAAGAUUUUCAUGAAACUGUGUAAUAUAAAAAUGCACUAUAUAUUAUGUAAUACGUAGCAAAAUUAUUCACAUUGUGUAUUGAUGGAAUCUUAAACCAAAUUUGUUCCAAUCAUACUUGGUUCCCGUGCUGUGAGAUUCUAAAUUGCUGAUUUUCUUUGUGUUUAUUCUUGUAACCCUGUAGUAUUCAUGUACUUAAUUCCAAUCCUGUAUUAUCUUGAGAAAGGAGAUGUUGUAAGGUUAAUUCAUGUAGGAAAUACAUGGAGCAAAUAAAAAUAUUUUAUUCAGGUUUUUA